UCAUCGGCCAGCGUCGCGCGUGCAUCAUGCGUACUUGUUAGAGAAACCAACGAUGCAUAGUUAUACACACGUACUAUAUUUUUAAUGUAGGCUAUGUCGCGUAUUGUAACUUGCGAGGAAGAAUCUGCAUUCUAGGUCCAAAACAAGUGUUUCCGAAGCUCAAUGUGCCAGAUGAUUGGUUGGAAUUAUGGCCAAGAACACUUCAGGCAUGAGCAAUGGAAAUAGCGGCAUUCUAAAUGGUUUUACGGAGGUGAAAAGCAAGCUCGACGCCGAGUUCCGCCGCUUCUCCAUUUCGCACUCGGAGCAGGCCACCUUUGAAGACUUCUACACAUUCCUGGAGAAGAUCCACCACCUGUCCAAGAUCCCAUUCCUGAUUGGCUACACGGAUCCCCAGGGAGAGCUGCUGCCCAUCAACAAUGAUGACAACUACCACAAGGCGCUCACUAUGGCCAAGCCACUGCUGCGCCUCAUCGUGCAGAGAAAAGAUGAAACCGAAACACAACAGUUCAAUAUGUAUGGCAGCUCAAAGAAGAAGAGCAAAUUUAGUCUGGUGGGCACUACCCCCAAACCCCUGAAGCCAGUACUACCCAUCAGCCUGCCACAGGAUUUCCGCCGUGUCUCAGCCAUCAUUGACGUAGACAUCGUCCCCGAAGCGCACCGCCGGGUCCGGCUCCACAAGCAUGGCUCGGAGAAGCCACUGGGCUUCUACAUACGGGAUGGCACCAGCGUCCGGGUCACCCCCCACGGACUGGAGAAGGUGCCGGGCAUCUUCAUCUCCCGGUUGGUGCCCGGCGGCCUGGCAGAAAGCACCGGACUCUUGGCCGUCAACGACGAGGUGCUGGAGGUCAAUGGCAUCGAGGUUAGUGGCAAGACUCUGGACCAGGUGACGGACAUGAUGGUCGCCAACAGCUCCAAUCUGAUCAUCACCGUCAAGCCGGCCAAUCAGAGGAACACGUUAUCGGGUGGGAGGCAUCCCGUCUACGCGCCGGCUUCCUCGUCCCUCUCCCGGAAGUCGAUCGCAUCACUGAAUGACAUUGACGACGACAGCGAUGAAGACGAAGUGAAGGACUUGACAAAGCAGACCAACAGUUUGAGCACAGGCGAACAACAGCAGCACCAGGAGGAGGGGUCGACUGCAAUGAGUGAACAAAAUCCACCGAGUGAGGACCAACCCUCAGACCAGAGAGCUGUGGCUCCAGGCUCCAACCAACCCUCAGAGGGUCAUGUUCAAGAAAACGGUGCUAUGUCUCCAUCAGGCGAAAUUGUUGACGACGACGAUGAUGACAUAUGCACUCUUUGAAAAGAGCGAAGCAAAAUGAGGACAAUGGCAGGAAUUCAGUCAGUCAUUUGUGUCUUCUGAGGACCUAUAGCAUAAAUUACGAAGUGUUGGUUCUUUAUUGUUGUCACUUCUGCUUGGAAAUCAUUGCAUACACACCUGUAUUAGACCUGGAAUGAUGUGGGAGCCAGAGGAAUACGUCUUGUCAUGGACCUGGUGCCGGUAGAUAUGCCUCAGUUUCUGAGGUCGGUCCGGAGCUGUACUUCGGGCCUUUCCUUGUAUGGCCUGAGGUUAACUUUGUUCAUGUAUAUCUACACAAGGGAUGAUCCUGCAGAUAAAAACCUGAGAAGUUAUGCUUAUGUUGGAAACCUGGAAUUGUAAUCUGAAGUGCCGGUGCAAGUAUGAAUUGGCACGUGUACAUGUACCCGGUGCACGUGUAGGUGACAUGGAGGAAUGUACUUUUUAUUCCUCCAUAGUGCAACUGACGUGUUUUGCAAAUGUUCAGACUUGUGCUUACACAUGUUAAUUCUAAGGCUAAGCCCGACAAUGUCCAACAUGGGUCGCCUUCCAUGGGGUGUCGAUGAUGAGAGCAGCAGGCAUGCAACUUUUCCUCCUUUCCUCAUUUUGUACUUCACACUCAUGCCAAUGAAAAUUGAAUAACACUGUACAAAGUUUUGUAAAAAUUGGAAUUUCCUCGUUUUUUGUCCAAGUCCAUGUUGCAUGACCGGAGCAGUGAUCAAAAGAUCAAAAGACCUUUUCACAUGAGCACCGAUAACAGAGGUCCUAUGCUAUGAAAUCACAUCGAUGUUACAAUCACAGGGAUACCGUGUCUUGUGAAGGUUGACCUCUGUCAAAAAAAUGCACAGUUAUAGCACGGGUCCCAAGCGAUCGUCACGGAGAUCGAGACCUCCUCCCAAACUUGGCAUCAAUGUGAAAUCUGUGUAAUGAUCACCGCAAUUGGCCGUGUGAAUGCAAAGCACGUGAUCGUUGCGAGGGUCCUUUGAGUUGAAUCUCAUCACGCAUGCGCACCCAUUUGUUGACAUCUUCAAAAAUGGCGGUUGGCUACUCCAAAUUGUGAUGUCGAAAAAUGGAAGGUCUUCAUUUCUUUGUUCCGAUCGGGCUGCUUAAUCUAGCAUGUAGGCUAGCAGAACGGAACAUGCAAUAAACUACAUGAACUAUCGAAUUCCACAAAAAAUGCAUUGCCUGCAAACGCAUGGCUGGAAAACCGCAGGUACCGCAUGAUUCUAACAUUUAAAACAUAGCCACCAUAGUACCGGUACCAGUGAUGCAAUUUAACCUUUGACCGCAAUUGCAAAUCGUGGCAAAACGGGGAAUGUCGGUUACGCGAUAAACAUUGCACUUUGUGAAAGCCCAUGAAGAAAUCUCACACAUCAUAAGACACAGACACUGUGGUGCUGACUGUCGCAGAUGUGUGGUUUUGGCGCUCGUGUGAAAAGGCCUUUUUUCUGUUGUUGGAUUCUGUCGGGUUCAGCAGGGUGCGUAGAGAAAAUCUGCCGGUGGUUAUUGUCUACACGUAUGGCCCCUGUACAGGUAUCGUAUGUACAUGUACAAUGUAUCGUCAAAAUUGUGAAUUAAUGGAAUGAAGUGGUCGUGGGAGUAUUCAAUCCAAGCUUCCGUCGUAUUACCACCUUGCAUUUAUACAUGUCUGACUGUGUCAUAUCACUAGACAAAUGAUGAGACAGAUGUGUUUAUGUAGCAUUCAAAAUAGCCGUUGGAAAUUCAGAAUUGAGUGGUGAUGGGGUGCCCAUUGAAGGUGUGCAGAGCACAAAAUAGCUUUGUUGGGGUUGGAUUGUGCACAUGGCCAAACCUGUUGCUGGCAGAUGCUCACGCAUCUCUGUUUUUUUCCUUUGCAGAGACAGGUGCACCGUUAAACUUGUUAACCUAGCACCUACACAUUUCAAAGACAUGUCCGUUGUCACCAGACACCAAGUAUGGGGAGAAAAUUCCUGACAAGUCAAAGAGCCAUGUCACGCUUGGCUCGGUGUUUGUGCCACAAGUGCCUUCAAAUCUGCACAUGUUUUGUUCAAUGAGGAUACUGUCUCCAUAUCAUGGUACAACUGUACAGGUCGUUUAAGGCAAUGUGUAUGUUGGCCAUGGGGGUUGUAAAGGUUGGCUGUUUUUUAGGAGUAUUUGUAAAUUCCCAGCUUUAAAUUUCUUGCUUAUUGUCCUGUCUUAGAUGUUCAGAGAAUGAAUGAAUCUACAAGAAUAUGCUGUACCAGGGGUAUCAUGUACAAACAUGUAGGCAUGUUCAGAGGUCAGAACAGCCUUGUAAACAUGCAUACAUGUAUACAUGUACAUGCGUAAAGUAACGUGUUGCCUUUCUUGUGCCCAGAAGAAAUUUGAAUAUUUUUUGUAUUCGUGAGCCAUUGUAUGAGUUGAAGUUUCUUCAGUUUUUUUAGAAACAAUUGUGUCGUGAUGUUGCUGAGGUCUAACUUUUUAUCCGUCUUCCAAAUCGAGAUUGCAACUGCACAUGUACGUGUAUAUGUACACUGUACAUGUACAUGCAGCCAGGAAUGCAUGCUGGCUGCAUGUACUAGUAUACAUGUAUGUACGAUGUACAAUGUAGUCUCCUAAUCUUGUACACAGUACAGAAUGACAUCUUUGCGUUGCAGUGUGCAAAGAAACCUGAAGGCUUCUGGGUUCUAAACCUUGUUAUUCCUAGUCAAAGGUGAAGUCUGUGUAAUCCUCAGUGAAUGUUUUCAGUGUUGAAGUUCUUUUUUUCUGCUGCAGCAGCUGCAGCUGUUCCUGCAUUGUGUACAUUGGGGUUUUGUUUCCAUAGUGUUGAUUCCAAAUUUAAGAUAUAUUAUUACCAAAUCAGAGAGAAGUGGGGAAAACCAAGAAUUUUUAAAAGUAAAAUCACUAUGGAACAAAGGUGAAGGAUGUACUUCCUUACAGUUUAAGAGAUAACCACUUUUCAAUGUUUUUAAUUAAUGCUAUUGAGACAUCUCAAUUUUGAGAACUCAAAAUUACAAAUGAAUUUCAGCAAAGCUAACAGUUAUAUAAUUCAAAUAGUCAAAUGUAUGAUUCACAAUUUAAAUGUACUGACGGCCUAUUCACCCAACUAGAUCAUUUUAUUUUGCAAUAAUUUCUCACAAAUGUUAUGUUAAGUUUGGGCACCAAUUGUUCACUACAGAUGUUGUCCAUGAGUGUUGAGUAAAUGUUGCUGCACAUUUCACUGGCUUAAGUGGUUUAGUCACUAGGGAAGGGCAGUGUUGGAGGUGGGAUGUAUACAGCGAGUAAAGAUUUUAUAAACAGGUUUAUGGUAUAACCCAUGUGCAAGGCUGUAUUGGAAUAACUUGGCCUUGGCUUAAAAUGAAGCACAAGUUCGUGGUUGUGGCUGCAGCUACUUUUCUAGAAAGCCGUGUGUAAUUUCAAGCUGCAACCAAGUAAUUCUGAUACAGCCUCAGUAGAAUAUUUGUACAUGUAUGGCACUUGGGUUCGAGGUGAGGAUGAGCACAUCCAAUUGGUGGGAAUAGACAGGGUCAUGUGAUAUUCCUUAUCCAAUCAGAUCAGAUUAUAUUAAAAUUGCUCAUACUGUUUCACAUUUACUCAGGCGUGGCCCUAGUAACCAACCGAGCUUGUGUCCUGCAGUACAGUGCAAAACCUUGAUGGUUAUUGAAUUUCAGUGCUGCUGAGGAAAACUUGACAGCAUUGUACAUUACAGUACCUCUGCAAUGUUGUUAUGUGUAGUGGCAGAUUGGCUCAAGUUAAGUAUUUACAUAGAUGUUCUGUUGCCUUUCAGAGUGCAAAUUAAUUUCAAAAGUUAAUUGCCACACGACCUCUUGACCUGGGCCAAAUAUCAUAACACUGCUAAGCACACAAUUUUGUGCUACAAUGUACAUGUAGGUAUAUGCACAUGAAAUGGUGGCUGGGCUUUUCAGUUAAAAAGUUACGUAAAACCAGGUGUUUGAUUUUUUUUUUGUUUAUUAAGAUUAAUAGGUGUAAUAAAUGACUAAUAAUAAUGCCCCAUAAUUUUUUCAAAGGGAAAGGUUGGAAUAUCGUUAACCCUAACAGUCUUUAUUCCUCCGAUUUCAAUUUGGUUUUACAUACACCCUGUAGGGUUAGGGUCAAAAGUGAACACUAUUCUAUACAGACUGAAAGGAUAGGCAUGUUACCAUGUGCGUGUAUACUGUACUAUUGUAACUAGUAUGCACAUGGACCUGUCAGAUAUAACCUACUGUGAUACAAUUGACUUCACAUGUUCAAAUCCUGAAUACAUUUUCUACUAGCCUUCUAACAUUUACAUUAAAUUCUGAAAGUUUCCAUAUAGAGUUCGAUCGAUACCAGUUCCCUUGUUUAUACUCGUAGGUACAUGCAGGUCUCACUUACAUGGGCGUCUGUUCUGUUUUGACAUAUUGCACACGUGCCCGGCUUAUUCAUGUAAAUAUUUGCACAAAAAUCAUCCAAAAAUGUAUUUUUGAUAAUGUUUAUCAUACACUGAUGGGGAAGGCAUAUUUUACAAGUUGGCGGUCAUUACAUUUUGCAUUUUGUACGCGGUAAAAAGAGUAAUGAACGUGUAUAUGGAUUGCAAUUGUUGUUGUCAAGUUUCUCACCAAAAAUUAAUGUUGAAAAUACAAAAUAUUGAAAAUACACUUGUAAAUUGUACAAAUGAUUGUUUACCUUGUAAAAAAUGGGCAAUUUUUGAUAGAAUGUUGUGAAAUAUACUUACUUGUGAUAAUAUCUGGGCAUUGCACUGCAAAUGAAAGAUAUUUUUCCUUUGGAACUCCUAGUUGUGACUUCAUAUUUGUAAAGAGUUUAAAGAAAAAAGAAAACCUCUGUCCAUUCGUGUAGUGUGAACAAAUUCAAACCCACCAACCAUUUAGUAUUGCAUGCGUAUUCUUGAAUCAGCUGAAAUGUAGACAAGUCCUCCCCCCCCCAAAAAAAGCCUGCACCUGUUUAACUGUGUAGUGCAGUAAUCGUGUCUGAGCAAGUUACUCAUCAAGUGUAAAGCCACCUUCAAAGCAGAAGUUGAUGUAACUUUGAGGCAUAGUCUUCAGCUUCGUCAGAUUGUAUUCAACACAUAUAAAAUCCAAAUGCCCAGUUUAACAUACAUGUAUCGUAGAGUGGUUGCAGGUUAGAGUUAUGGGUGGUCAUUGCUGUUGUAGACAGGUUGUGUUUCUUUUUGUUUGUUUGUUUGUUUGUUUGUUUCAGCUUUUUGUUCCAGUUGUUGCUUUACUUCUUUGAACUGCUCAGUACUCCUGUUUGCGUGUUGACUUUAAUGCAUAAAACAAAUUUCAAAACUGGAAUUUCCACCAUUGUUAUCAGUUCACGUAGUACAAUUCCACUCCCUCUAGAUUUCAAAAGGGUAUGGAGUAGUUUUUCAAUGGAGACGGUCAUCCAUGCAGAAACACGGGGGGAUUUCCAUGCAUGUGGACUAGAUAGAUAUCCCAAAGUGGACAGGAUUAAAGACAAAAAAUGACACAUCGGGAAUGAUUUGUAAAUUGCACGGUAUCGUUUUGUUUUGGGUUCCUGUCUUGUUGCUUGAAGGUGAAAAGUGAGUCUGCAAGACUUGUAUUUAUGAAAAAUGUUUAAAAUGCUAGUUAGUAUUCAGUUCAUUGUUAACUUUUCAUUUCUCUUUUGCAGUGUUGAUGCAAAAAAGGUCUCUGUACAUUGUAUUAAUCAACCCACUUGUAUUAAGCACAGUAAUUGUUUUUGUAAAGCGUCACAUAUCGUUUCUUUUAAUCUAAUGUACUGCUAUUAUUUGGGGGCAAAUGUAGAGGCUUCAUAUUUUAGAUUACCUUUACAUUAAUUUAAACUGAACUAUUAAAGUUAAUAUGAUGUAUUCCGAUUGCGGCAAGGAUGAUAUGAGAAUAGAACAAAGUGUAUGUUUUUUGGCAUAGAUUAGCUGCAAACUCACUGUACGCAGGACAAAAUGACCUUUCUUUUGUUUAACAAGAGCUUCUCUGCAAGAAAUAUUUCUCUGAACCGUAUGCAAUAUUCUUUGUGUGGGCAGGCUGCUAGUGUUUGGAAGUGUGAUAUACCUUGGUCUCACAUCGUUUCUGUGAUGUUAGUGGUGUUCUUGGUCUGGGCCAUGCUUUUUCCUUUUUUGUUACUACCGUAAGACCUCUAACAGUGCCCCAUUUGUUCCUAGGAAUGGUUGGAUAUAUAGAUCUGUGGCAUGAAUUUGAAAAGGUGAGAAGUGAUGUGCAGGAUUUGUGCACUUUGGUUGAUACUGUCGAGGAAAUGUCCUCGCUCAUCACGUCUAGGUCAGAGGUGGUUGUAAAAAUUUAAAUUCCUUGCACGUCAUAUGCACUCAGAAUAAUCGUCCAUUUCCCCGUCCCUGCAAAUAAUGUAUUCUGGGUGAAUAUUUUGCUGUCCAAUUCACGUAGAAGAUGCUCUUUUUUCAGAAACACAAAUCAUACUUUUUAUGAAAAUAGAUUGUUUUGGCUACGUGUACAAACGAGACCAGUGUUUCUGGGAGGAAAUCUGAUGAUGUACCUUUUGUAUUGAAUGGAAUGAGAAAACUUUACCAUACAAACCUAACACCUGUUCAGGUCUAUGCAUAUUUUGACACAGAAAGAAAUAAAGAGGGGAGACAUGACGAAGUAGAACCAUGAAA